GAUGGACAGCGAGGGAUGGAUUGCCCGCGAGCAGAUUCUAGGCCCGGAGGCCGAGUCGCGAGUGCCGGAAGAGUUUAUGACCCAGUUUCGGGUGUACGCCAACCCACCCACGCUCCUGCUCCCGCUGGCCAGCAUGCAGGCCCGCCUGCAUGCUGCGCUGGACGAAGCCGCGGCCUCGGGAUUGCCGGCAUCGGGCGAUGCCGAGCUUCAUGACUCGCUUGCCUUUCUCCGGCACGCGUACCCGCUUGUGGCCCGCCAGUUUGAGUGGUUCAAGUCGACCCAGGCCGGGAGCCUCCCGCACACCUUCAAGUGGCAGGGCCGGACGACCAACCACACACUCACGUCGGGGCUCGACGACUAUCCGCGGGCGCCGAUUGUGUCGCCGUUUGAAAAGCACGUUGACCUUGCGUCGUGGAUGGUGCUUGCGGCGCGGCUGCUCGCGGAUAUGGCGCGGGUUUUGGACGACGAGGCUGCAGCAACGAGCUACGAGGCGCAGGCCACCUCGAUUCUCACCACGUUGCACAACGUGCACUGGAAUGAGGCUGCCGGUUACUACUGCGACACUGGCCCAGACGGGACUGGAUCUGUCCAUGACGAGAUGCAGGUGUGCUUCCUGGGGUAUGUGUCGCUCUUUCCGCUGCUGACCGGCCUCCUCGAGGCCGACGACCCGCGGGUCGGCCGGCUCCUUGACCACAUGGCCGAUCCCGACACGCUGUGGAGCCCCGGCGGAAUUCGCUCGCUCUCGGCCACCGACCCGUACUACGGGACCGGUGAGAACUACUGGAAGGGACCAGUGUGGAUGAACAUCAACUACAUGGCGCUCGCAGCGCUGGCCAACAAGUACGCGGUCGACGAGGGCCCGCAUCGUGCACGGGCGCAGCAGAUUUACGCUUCGCUCCGCGCCAACGUUGUCGAUACUAUUGUGUCCAACUACAUCGAGACCGGAUACUUUUGGGAGCAGUACUCGCCGACUAACGGCGUCGGGCAGCGGACUCACCCGUUCGCAGGAUGGACCACGCUAGUUGUGCUCAUCAUGGCCGAGGAGUAUCCGCCCAUGUAAGGGCCGGCGGCCACGGCGGGGUGGCCACCCACGAGAACAGCAUCAGGAGCAGCUCGUUGGGCAGCCGCGGGAGGGCGCACGUUGCCUCGUACCUGUAUCGCCCACGACCCGCAUCCCAUCCUGCCCGUGCAAUGAACAACAGCGUUCGGAU